GGAUGUAACAAAUCGCGUUUGAGUCAUUCUAAAAUUUCUCCUAAGGCAACUCGUCGUUUUUCUUGGCUGAUAUAAAAAAAGCAGAUGUUUAAGAGAAAGUUGAUAGCUUUAGAUCACCAGCACCCAGAAACAGUCAAUUUUGAUGAUGAGACUAGCUUUAGAGCGCUGAUUCUUUGGCUAGAGGAUCAGAAGAUUCGCCAUUAUAAAAUCGAAGACAGAGAACCUCUGCGUCAUAUAGAAAAUCCAGAAUGGACAAAUUCAUUUCACAGAUACAUCCAAGACUUAAACUGUCCUUACCAACCAACAGAGCGACGGAUGAUCAUCGAUUGGUUUCUUGGUUUUGCCAUCCGACUUGAAUACGGUGACAAUGUUGAGAAGUGCAAGGAUAUGACAGCAGAAAAAUUCAAGGAAAGUCGGGCAAAUGCAAAGCCAUUAUCAAUGAAUCCCCUGGACAAUAUGGAUUUUGAGAGUCCUGACUUCAAGGCCGGAAUCAUAUCUUUGUCAACAUUACUCCAGGUGCCACCUCAUCCAGACCACAAGGAACAAUUAAAGGCCAUUUGUUUAUUGAUACAAGAUAAAUUCUCAAAAGAGGCAAUAGAGAAUUCAGGGAAGACUCAUGGAAAGAUCGAAUUCAUGACUUUAGACAAAAUGCCUUUAGGAUUUGAUAGUGGAGAUUACAUUAGUAAUGAUGCGGCCAAAAUCUUACGUCUGUUACACAUAACAGAAUUACGAGAUCUACAAACAGCCAUAAAUGAGGCGAUCGUCGCUGUUCAAGCAAUUACUGCCAACCCAAAGACCGAUCAAAGACUUGGGAAAGUUGGACGAUGAUAACAUUUGGCCAUUGUUUGGGCAAUGUGCUGUUAAAAACAUGUACAUGUGAAAUUUGUAUGCAUGUGCCCUAUGUACAUGUAAUUGUCUUACAGUUUCUUCUCCACAACAAUUUUGGCAUUUAUGUAUUAUUGUAGGGACAAUCAGUGUAUAUGUACUACAUUGAUGACAUCUUUACAAGCUUUAAUUUUAGCUUAAAAUAUCGAAAAGCAGGUUAUUUUGUUACCUUCAUCUGAGUUUUCUCACUGCUCUGUUUUGUUUAAGGUUGUUGUUUAAUUAUGUCUCUUAGUUUGGUGUUGCUGUAGGACUAAGUUUGUUCUCUAAGACUUGGGGGAGCAGAAGGAAAUGAAUCUAAGCAAGACUCUGUAUAAGAAUCAUGUGCAAAUUUAUUUUGAAAUCAUAUUUGCUACAUUAAAAAAAGAAAAUAAAAACAUUAUAUGGCAAGAACGUUUCUGUCCUGAUUAUAUGCAUAUUUCUUUUACUUUAGUAAUCGACCAGAAGUUUGGCUACUAGCUCUCUGCAGGUGUCAAUAAAUCGUUUUCAAGUUGACUAGUCCCAAGCUGUGAAUCUCAAAGUCUGGGCUAACUCUUUCAGUAAAUCCUUGUUGUUUGCCUGACUGUACAUGUAGGCUUGCCUUGCUAUCAAAGUCACUAGUUCCGGGCUAAGGACUAGUGGAUUUUUCUACCCCUGCUCUGAAGGGCAACCUAGCCCCUUCAGAGAUUUUGAUACGAGGCUAGUGCUGCCACAGGUAAAAUUAAGAUUGCUCCUAGCCGAUUUUACAACACUUGCAAGUAAAAAUUAUUUACUAAUACGUAGUGUGUUUGUUCUAUCCAUCAAUCCUGUAUUCUACUAUAUUUUGAUAACUAGUUAUACUGGUACUUCUUUUCAUGUAUCUACAGAACUGCAUGCAUCUUUCUUUGUAUUUUGUAUUGGGAAAAGAAAGGCUUCAACCCUUGGCUAUUUCUAAAAAAACCGCAAACAAUUCUACAUCUGUUCUAAGCAAUUGAUAUAAAUGCAGGUAUCUCUGUGCAUAGAAUGCACUGUACACAUGAGAUAAUUACUGGCCUAUGAUAACUGAGAAAUUUGAUUGUUUGAAAGAUCACUAUACAUGUACAUUAUUUUGUUCUUGGUGCCUGUUUUAAUUCGAAAGCUUUUUCUUUGGAGGAGACCACGUACAGAUGAAAUAACAUUUGGCUCCCUCUAAUAUCAAAAUUAGUCUUAUAGCACAGCUUCUGUACCACCCCAAUAUUUA